UAAUAUGGAUCAGAUCAGGAGGUAGUUUCUCCUCACGCAUUUGUUUCCCACUAAAUUUCGCUCCCAACCAAAUUGAAAAAGGAGCAAAAAACUUAAUGCAGCAAUGCGCAUUUAUUACUCACCACUUUCCCUCCUUCCCCUAUUAAUUUAUUCAUUCAUCACUCCCCAAACUCACCCCACCCACCCCACCCCACCCCACCUUCACCUGUUUCUGUAUUUCUACCCCAACAUGAUUUCCAGCACUCCAUUUCUCUCUCUCUUUCUCACCACCACUUCCAUUUUCCCCCACUAGAAUCUACAGAUUUACCAAAACUCCAUCCAAUUAAAUCAAUGGAAGGAGUUUCCACCACCGUCUACAAAGGAAUCAGAGGAUACUGGCGCCGCAAGGGCUACGAGCGGAUCGACGCCGCCGGCCGGAAGAGGAAGACGCGAGUCGUCGAGCUAGGCUCCGCCGCAGACGGCAGCGCCGCGGCGCCGCGGCGGCGGUCGUGGCGGAUCAAGCUGACGCCGCGGCUGAAGCUGAAGCUCCGGUUCUCGCCGAAGAAGCUGCUGCUCGGGCUGCGAGACGCCUACGUCGGCAUGAUGAUGAAGAUCGCAAACACGAGGAUGAUAGGCAGCGGUUUCGGCGGCGGAUUCGGCGGUGACGGAGUGACCGGAUUCGGCAUGCGGCCGACCAAGGAGUACGAUGAGAGGAUGAUUGUUGAGAUCUACAAAUCGAUUGUAAUGGCGCAGGGUCAAUUGGUGCCCCGCGACGCAGCGUGGAUUGGCUCCGAAAUUACCUGCCGAAGGUAAUUUUUUUUUUUUUUACAUUUUAUACUCAGUGAAAAUUUCCGUAAGCAGUGGUGUUUAUAUUUCGAUUCCGUUUAACUUCAGAUCAAUAAAAAUCUCAAGUUCAGUUAA